GCGGUCCUAGAACACCCCUGGCUUUCGGAUCCCGUGAUUAGGAAGGAGGUCUCGGAUCUAAUGUCCGCUGCGGGCUUUGACUCACCUCUCACCGAAGGCGACCAAGGCUCUCUUCUCUCGGCGGCGCCCUCGGUUAAGCUAAAUGGCAUAGCUGGCUGUGACGUGAAUCCCACCCUGGAUGAAAACUCUACCACGAAUGACACAACCCCCUCGCCUACUCAUCUCGCGAACGGUGACGCUAAUUCCCUUCUGGCAAAUCCGGUAAGUGCUCCGUAG